AUGGAGAAAAGAAAGAGUAUAUUUUUUGCAAAUGAUAGUGAAGAUAAUACAUCAUCAGGAGAUUUAAGUAGUUUUACAAAACGUGGUACAAUUACACCAGGUAAGAUUGCAAAUGCACGUGAAGGAGAGUUAUCACAAAUGAUUGAUGUUGAAUCGGAACAGAAAUAUCAAGAAAUUAUUGAACUUUUAGUUACAGGUGGUUAUUUUAGAGCACGUAUUUCAGGUUUAUCACCAUUUGAUAAAGUUGUUGGUGGCAUGGCUUGGUCAAUCACUGCUUCAAAUGUUGAUGUUGACGCUGAUUUAUUCUUUCAAGAAAAUUCAAAUAUUAAACAAAAAGUAUCAUUAUCAGAAGAAUUAAUUAAAGCAUUAAAUCGUAUGAAAUGUCCAUUUCCAUUACAAGCACAACAUAUUACAUUAUUGAAUUAUAUAACAUUAUUUCCAAUUAUAAGAUGGUUAAUUACAAAAGUAAUUGAAACACGUGAAGAAACAGGUGAUUUAUUGAGAAUGUAUUCAAUUUCAAUGUUUAGUAAAGAUUAUAUAGCACCAAUUGAUGAAGAUAUGAAGAAAUCAUUGAAUGAAUCAUGUGAUUUUAUAGAGAGUGUAGAGAAAAGAUAUAAACCAACUCGUAAAUUUAAAAGAGCCAAUAAUACCAAAUCAACACCAACUCAAACAUUAUUGGAAUAUGGUAAAUUACAUCGUAUUUCACGUUUACCAACAAAUAUAAAUGAAAAUAAAGAAGCUGCACAAAAAUUAGAAUCACAAUUGAGUGGUAAGGAUGGUAGUGGUAAGGAUACAACUGAAGCAGAACGUGAGGAGGAAGAGAAAAGAAUUAAACAAAUGAUGAAAGGUAUGAAAGGUGUAGAGGGUGAUGCUUUGUCAAAAGUUAGUGGUGGUGUAUUGAAAUCAUUUUUACCAUCAGAGGAGAUUACAAAUCUAUCGGAACGUUAUGGUGAUAUGUCUGAUUUGGGUGGUGCAGAAGGUGCAAAAAUGAUGGCAGAGAAAUUACAUCGCCAAAAGAUUACAAAUUUGGAGAAACUAAUUCAACAAAAGAAUCAAGAAUUGGAACAAAUUAUCAAUGCACAUUCUGAACGUCAAACAGAGUUGGAACAACUUCAAUUGCUUGUUGGUAAGAAACAAGCAUUCAAUGAACGUAUCAUUAGAGAGACAGAGAAAUUGGAUGCAUUGGAAACACCAGAGAAUACUAAAGCAUUACAAGCACUACGUUCAUUGGUACUAUUGAAUGAAACAUUGAUUGCUCAAGAGGAACUUUUCAAACAAUCUUGUAAACGUCAAAUGGUAGAAUAUAAACAAAAGAUCGAACAACUCUUAUCACAAGAUGCCUCUACUCAAGAGGAUCUUCAAGACAGUGAUAGACAACAACAAAUUCAACAAGCAUUCGAUAGUGAUAUUGGUAAAUUAAAGAAAUUGAAAUUAUUACUCAAUAAAAAGAAUAGAGAUAUCUCUUUGAUUCAACGUUAUCUCGAUGAAUUACCAUCUCGUGCCGAACUAUUACAAUAUCAAAGACAAUUUGUUGAAUUAUCCGAACAAAGUAGUUCGAAAUUAACCGAAACCAGACAAUACUAUACAACCUACAAUACCUUUGAAGAUAAGAAAACACUUUUAGAAAAUGAACUCUCAAUUCUCAAUUCAAUUCAAUCCAAAUAUAGCAUAGCUAUGUCUUCAACAAAUAAUAAAGAAUUAUUCAUUAAAUCAAUGGAUCAAAUCAUUGAUGGUAUUCAACAAGUUUUAGAUAAAUCUGAAAAUAAAUGGAAUGUUGAAAAAGUUCGUCAUGAUACUUUAUCUGAUCAAUAUAUGACUUUAUUAGAUCAAGAGAGAAAUUAUUAUAAAUUAACAAAAGACUUUGAAGAAGAAUGUAGAAAGAAUGAAUUAUUAAUUAAAAAAUUAAAUGAAUUACAAUAA